AUGGAAGUGAAUGAUCACAUUGACGACCACAUACUGGCCAUGUAUAAAAUUAUACAAAAGAUAGGGAAGGGCGCUUACGGCAUAGUCUGGAAGGCCCUGAAGAAGGACACGAAUGAGGUCGUAGCGCUAAAAAAGAUCUUCGACGCGUUCCGAAACUCCACAGAUGCUCAGAGGACGUACAGGGAGAUCAUGUUCUUGCAGAAGUUGAAAAAGUGUCCAAACAUCGUAAAAUUAAUGCACGUAUAUCCUGCGGAUAACAACAGAGACGUAUAUUUGGUUUUUGAGUAUGUUGAGACUGAUUUACAUGCUGUGAUAAGAUCAAACAUAUUGGAAGAUGUGCACAAGAAGUAUAUUCUAUAUCAACUCUUGAAGUCAAUUCAUUUUAUACACACAGGUGAAUUGUUACAUCGCGAUUUGAAGCCUAGCAACAUAUUACUCAACAGUAAGUGUGCAAUAAAACUAGCGGAUUUCGGAUUGGCUAGAAGCGUGGCUCCAAAUAAUAACACCAUGGCAAAGGACUUGAAUCAGUCAAUAAGUAAAACCCUCGUAAAGGAUAAAGGGAACACAGAAACAGAAAAGGACAUCGUGAUGACGGAUUACGUCGCAACCAGAUGGUACAGAGCACCGGAGAUCCUGGUGGGAAGCACGAAGUACACGAAGGGAGUGGACAUGUGGGCAAUAGGCUGCAUAUUCGGAGAGAUGCUGAUGGGAAAGCCACUCUUCCCAGGAAGCUCGACAAUCAAUCAGCUGGGCAAGGUGAUCACGUUCACAGGAAUGCCGAGUGAGUCGGACAUGGACUCGCUGGGCUCACCCUUCACGAAGGUGAUGAUCACGAGUCUGGGAAACAUAGAGAAGAAGCCGAUGAGAGAGUACUUCCCGAAGGCAGAGGAGGAGGCGCUGGACCUGCUGACGAGCCUGCUGCAGUUCAACCCGAACAAGAGAAUCACGACAGUAAACGCACUCAACCACCCGUACCUGGCGGCAUUCCACAAAAGCAACAUUCUGCCGAGUCUGACGAGAGCAAUCAGCAUACCAGUGUGCGACAACAUCAAGUACGACCUGAUAAACUACCGCCACCUGAUAUACAAGUUCAUACAGCACUCGAACGCGGGAGGUGGCCAGAAGGGGAACAACGGGACCUCGACGAGCAGCAGCGCCACAAGCAACACGUCGCAUAACCAAUACGUGCCCUCGACGAUCAGCAUCAACUCACACAACAGCAUAGGAAGCACGCACAGUAACGUAAAUAACAGUAGAAACAACGUAAAUAAUAACGGAAACGGAAACAGCGGAGUUGGAGUAGCAGGGAUGGCUGGUAACAUAGUACAGACAAACAGCGCAGGAAUGGUGAAAACAAAUUCAGUAAAGGGAGCUGUGUACAGCAACGGAGGAAACAGUAACGGAGAAGACAACUACAGCGCAAACGUUAGAUACUAUAGCAUCAACGACGAGGAUCAAAACAUGGUGAAUAGACGCAUAUACACAAACACAAUGCCGGCACUGCAAGGGCAAAACGCAGGGAACAACAGUAACAUGGCAGGACUGGCAACGACAAUGGGCACCACGAUACACAAGACAGUAGGAAUGGGAGGAAACGGCAAUAUGAAGAGCAGUGCAGGCUCAAAUAAAAGUGAAAAGCACAGACUGUCAAUAGAGCACAUGAAGUCAAAAAAGGGUAGCGUACUUAAGCCAGUGCCACAAAACUAUGCCAAACACGGAUACAUGGGCCACGGGAACGGAGGAAACAACUACCAGGGUAACGGAGGAAGCUUCGGAGGGAACAACGCAAGUAACGGAGGAUACAACGGUAACAACUACCAGGGGAACGGAGGAUACAUGGGACAGGGGUACGGAAGCUACGAUUACAGCAAUGGAGGUAACCUGAUGAACGAAUACAUAAGCUACGACUACACAAAAGGAGCAAACAUGGGAGUUAACAUGGGCCAGGGAUACGCAACCUACGACUACAGCAAUGGAGGUAGCAUGGUAGGAAUGAAUGGAGGAGCAAACAUGGUAGGAAUGAACACAGGAGCAAACUUAGGAGCUAACAUGGUAGGGCUGAGCGGAGAUAACGGAGGAGCGAGCCUGGCAAACGCGACGGGAGGAAGCCACGUCUACAAGGAAGGUAAAAUGAACUCGAUAUUCCCACUGUGUAAGUUCGUGCCGAAAAAGCAGGACCCGUACCCGAGGACGAACUCAAUGAAGUCGUUUUACAGACGAAACGAAGGAGGCCACAGGAGAAGAGCCGGGAACAAAGGAGGAUUGGUAUCCGAAGUGGAGCUACAAGGGAGCGUAAAGAGACCAAGAGAAGACGGAGAGACGUGGACGAUAAUGACACAAAGACAGAGUAACACUUGCAACAUCGCAUAA